AUGAGGGCCACAGCUAUCCUCGCCGCUAUCACCUCGGCCAGGCUGGCCGUGCCGGUCGCUAUACCAGCCCGCGACAUUCCAGCCACGGGUGUCCCCAUCACAGAGCUCGACUCCUAUCCGGGCCUCUUGGCCUCAACCGACCCUCCCGCCGACGUAAGCCUCGCCGCCGCUGCCUACGCCGGCACGGCCAACGAGCUUACUGACGGGACACCGUGUCGUGCCGUCACGCUGAUCUACGCUAGGGGAACAACCCAGAGCGGCAAUAUCGGUGCCGCCGGCGAUGUGGGCCCGUUGAUGAUGAACAACCUCUCGUCCAUCAUCGGCUCCUCCAACUUGGCUGUCCAGGGUGUUGCCUACGCAGCCGACAUCUUCGGGUUCCUGGCCGGUGGUGACGCCACUGGAAGCCAGCUCAUGGCUAACCUGACCGUCCGGGCAAGCACGCAGUGCCCAAACACCAAGAUCGUGCUGUCCGGUUACAGCCAGGGGGGUCAGCUCGUCCACAACGCUGCGAACCUCCUAAGGUCCAACCAGGCUGUUGUCAACAAGGUCGCUGCUGUCUUGAUCUACGGUGACCCAAACGACGGUGACCCAGUGGGAUCCAUCCCCAGCUCCAAGGUCAAGAUCAUAUGCCACGAGGGCGACAACAUCUGUGAGGGCGGGAUACUGGUGCUCCCACCGCACACAAACUACCAGAUUGAUGCGAACGCGGGGGCGCAGUUCAUCGCGUCAAAGGUCUAG